ACGCGAACCACAAAGGAGAGGAACAAAGCCUGCACAUUUCAACUGCGUAGGAGCAUCUCGUGAAGUGUGUGAGGUUGCUUUAGGAAAAUCUCAGCAUGGCAGACGCUGCAACUGCUGACGAGGAGCCGAAGCAAGAAGAAACUACCGCAUCGGUCCUCUCCGAGACGGAUGAGACAUCCCAGGAAACACCCAACGGCGUGAAAACAGACAGCGAAGAAAGCAAGCAAAGCAAGGAAAAGCAUGAUGGGAAAGAGAAAUCGUCCACCAGCAAAAGAGGAAAUCGCUAUCAUCCAUACAAGGAGAAACAUGGAGGGGAGAAGAAGAGUGCUCAUAGGAAUCGAGUGUUCAUCAGCAAUAUACCUUAUGACAUGAAGUGGCAGGCAAUUAAAGAUCUCAUGCGUGAUAAAGUUGGUGAGGUUACAUACGUGGAGCUCUUUAAGGAUGCUGAAGGAAAGUCAAGGGGUUGUGGUGUGGUAGAGUUCAAAGAUGAAGAAUAUGUUAAAAAAGCUGUGUCAGCUAUGAAUAAGCAUGACUUAAGUGGAAGACCUCUCAACAUCAAAGAGGACUAUGAUGGUGAACACGCCCGGCGUGCUCUGCAGCGCAUGGGAGGAGGUCAGCAUGGGGGUCGUGGGCAGGACAUGGUGCCUGGUGGGAUGAACAUUCCUCCUUCGAUUGCCAACAACCCCAACAUCCCGCCUGAGGUCAUCCACGCGCUGCAGGCUGGCAGACUGGGAAACACCGUGUUUGUGGCUAAUCUGGACUUCAAAGUGGGCUGGAAGAAGUUGAAGGAGGUGUUCAGCAUGGCAGGUGUGGUGAAGCGAGCUGAUGUAAAGGAGGACAAAGACGGGAAGAGUCGUGGAAUGGGAACGGUUACUUUUGAUCAGCCUCUGGAAGCUGUGCAGGCCAUAUCCAUGUUCAACGGCCAGAUGCUUUUUGAAAGGCAGAUGCACGUUAAAAUUGAUGAAAAGUCUCUUCCCCCUGAUGAUUUCCUUCCAGUAGAAAAAGCACCACAGUUGCCACGGGGCCUGGGUGGCAUUGGCAUGGGUCUGGGGCCGGGAGGGCAGCCCAUUAAUGCAAACCGCCUUAGUGGUGGAGGAGGAAUGAGCUCCAUGGGACCUGGAGGUAUGGAUUCAGGUUACGGCGGAAUGAGCAGGCUUGGAGGAAUCAGUGGGGGUGGAGGCUACGGCAGCAUGGACAGCAUGGGGGGCUUUGGAGGCAGGGACAUGGCGCCAGUUGGCAGAAUGGGAGCCACUACAGGCAGAGGGAAGGUUUUAAUCUGUGGAGAUCUGUAUCGAUCAGGAAUGGGCGGAUUGGAUCGGGACUUUGACAUGCCCAUGAGCCGAGGAUUUGGGGAUUCUUUUGGAGGAAUGGGUGGUAGUUUUGGAGGAAGCAUGGGACACAUGGGAAGUGGCUUAGGUGGUGGAAUGGGCACCAUGUCCAUGGACAGAAUGGGCCCCAGCUUCGACCGUGUAGGCAUGUCGGGAAUGGACAUGAACCGUGGCUUUGGAGGCUACGGAGGUGGCGGACACAUGGGUGGAGGCAUGUCGGACAGGGGCUCAGGGUCCAAAGGUGGCUGUCAGAUAUUUGUACGAAAUCUGUCCUAUGACCUGACAUGGCAAAAGCUGAAAGACAAGUUCAGUCAUUGUGGUCAGGUGCUGUUUGCAGAAAUCAAAAUGGAAAAUGGGAGGUCAAAGGGUUGCGGGACGGUGAAAUUUGAUUCUCCAGAGACCGCAGAGAAGGCCUGCAGGAUGAUGAAUGGAACCAAGAUCAACGGCCGAGAGGUGGACGUCCGCAUUGAUCGCAACGCUUAGUGAUUUUGUAGAAAGCCCCUUGUAACUCACUUUACACUUUCAGACCCCCGUACCAAUCAUUGUUUUGUUUUAAAAACACUAUGACUUCAUGUUUCCCUGAUUUCAUUUGUUUUGUUACUAUACGACAUAGCUGUUUUAUCUUUGUUUUAUAAACCCAGUUAUGAUUUGUCAGUUUAUUUGAACAAAUAAACUUUAAUUUUUAAACUGUG